AGGGCGGGUCCUAAGACCGGAAGCAGGAAGUGGGUUGUGAGGACGUGUUCCGAGAAAGCCGCAGGCCGGCUAGGCCGGCGUCAUGGAGCCACUAUACCAACAAACGAACAAGCAGGUCCACGAGAUCCAGUCUCACAUGGGACGCCUGGAGAGGGCAGACAAGCAGUCUGUGCACUUAGUAGAAAACGAAAUCCAAGCAAGCAUAGACCAGAUAUUCAGCCAUCUGGAGCGCCUGGAGAUUUUGUCAAGCAAGGAGCCCCCGAAUAAAAGGCAGAAUGCCAAACUCCGUGUCGACCAGCUAAAGUAUGAUGUCCAGCACUUGCAGACUGCCCUCAGGAACUUUCAGCACCGGCGCCAAGCCAAGGAACAGCAGGAGAGACAGCGAGACGAGCUUCUGUCUCGCACCUUCACCACUAACGACUCUGACACCACCAUUCCCAUGGACGAAUCACUGCAGUUUAACUCCUCCCUCCAGAACAUUCACCACGGCAUGGAUGACCUCAUUGGAGGCGGGCACAGUAUUCUGGAGGGACUGAGGGCCCAGAGACUGACCUUAAAGGGCACUCAGAAGAAGAUCCUCGACAUUGCCAACAUGCUCGGCUUGUCCAACACAGUGAUGAGGCUGAUUGAGAAGCGGGCCUUCCAGGACAAGUACUUCAUGAUUGGUGGCAUGCUGCUCACUUGUGCAGUUAUGUUCUUUGUGGUACAGUACCUGACAUGAGCCGCUGUACCCAGCACUGGACAGCCUUCCCAUUGUGUGCGCAUGUGCAAGCAAGAAGUGGGCUGGGAGGCCCUUUUGAGAUGUAUGCCUUAACUGUGAAGACACCUCUCCCCCAGGACUAAUUGUGGCUUAGUAUCAAACCUGCUUUGUUUCCUGUGACAUCUGGGGAGUAGGACCUAGGGUCACCAAGGUGUGUGGUGUUUAGGAAGUGGCUCAAGAUCCUGUUCUCUGGCUUUCACUAGGGGGAGGGAUGGCUGGGUUUUGUGGUUUGUCCACACAGCUAAUGCUCUCCCUGGAAAGUGUGCAUUGUGAGGCUUGCACACAGGACUGUCCACACUGUUCACUCCUGGUCAUCACCAGCUUUUGUGGCUCCUGAUGGGUGGGCUGGAGCACAAUUGAGAAGAUGAGGAGAGAGGUCUUUCCCUGUGCUGUCAGGGAUAGAUCAGUUCUCACAUCCUUGCUUCUAGCCACUGCCCAGCCCCAGCCCCUAAGAAAACAUGACAUAGGUGACUAAUUGCUAACACCGGCACCCUUUCCUGGAAGCAGCUCCUCCAGGGAAGCAGUGCUGCUGCUGAUAAUGUAAGCGUUUCCAUGCCACAGUUGCUGGGUGUUUGUCCUUCCUGAAGUGCGGCUAGCAGUGUUCCCAGGGAGUGUUCAGUCUGGACACUGAAGCCCUGAGUCACCAGUGUUUUCCAGUUAAUGCAGCAGUGGCUCUUACAGUUCGGCUCAGACAGUAGCUUGGCACCUCCACCCAAGCUUUGAUGGGUGGGCCUUUGCCACUUUGAAAGUAGCCACGAGCAAAGGGUGACUUGUCAGUUACAGAUUCAUCUAGUUCUGCCAACUCAAAUUCUUUGACUGUCUCUCCCUUGAAAUAUAUUAGCAAUAUAUCAAUCAGCUAAGCCUCCAUUUUUCCAAGCCCUCAUAGGCCUCCCUGGGGAUGCCCCUGGUAAGUGUGUUUUUGUGACUGUUUCAGGGACCAGGUCAUUUUUACUUUUCCCAGCUGUGAUCAAGGCUGUGUCAGUACCUGGUGUAUUGCAGAACUUGUUUGAAAGUUAAUGUAUGUUGAGCACAUUUAUUUUGAUUAAUCUCUGCAAGUACUAGAGCGAUCUAGUGAGUUUAUUUGUUCAUCAGUCACAAGCCCUGCCCACCCAAGCAGUUCUGAGUUUAGUAGCCUCCUAGUAGGAAAACAGAUGCCAGAAUUCCUAAGAACUGGAAACUGGUCAGUAGUAAUCCUUCCUUUGAUUGCCGUACCUACUUCCUGUGCUUGCUUAAGUGUCCUGCUGUCUCCCUCUUCACAGUGUUGCAUCUCACCCCUCCUAUUGAGUAGCAGUUGGUCUCUGGGGUACAUCUGUGGCAUCCUUCUGGGGAGGUUUGUCAACUGUAUACACUUUAAACCUGAGUUUCCUGGGUACUAGCUUCAGUUCUGGUCAGAUGCAAUGUCUGUUGCUCCUUCCCUUUAGGCUAAAUGUGCCAUAGCUGGCCAGAAAGGAGGACUGUGACCCCUCUAGGAAGAGCUGAUAGUCUGCAGAGUGGGAACAGUGGUCUGCACAUCUCCAGACCUACAUCUCACUUUGGGGAGGCAGGUGGGCGUGGGCUCUUGGCUGGCCAUAGAGUGUAUACUCCACAGACCUGAUUCCUGUGCCCCCCGGCACCUGAAGUUCCCACUGGACAGCAUGCUUUGGAAGAUGUACAAGCUGUAACUGAGCCAUUUGGACUCAAACUGUGGGCAGCAAAGGCCCCAGCCCCUGCCCUGCAUUGACCGCUGGGCAGUGUUCUGUAGCACAUUAUAGUGUCCGCCUUUGUAGCAAUCCUUGGCUUUAGUGACUUGAUAUCCCACCUUCACAGUGAGGUCUCCCUUGGAAUGCAGUUGUGGUAAGGUGGUCAGCAUCACUGCCUGGGGCAGGGAACGGAAGCAGAGGAUCUGGACUCCAAGGGGCAUUGAACUCGCUGCCCAGGCUGCCCUCCCUCGAAUUCAGUGCCUUGUGAGAUCACUCUGACCUGAUUGGGUGAACUGUCCUUUCCAGCAGAGGGAAGGGCCCCUGGCCUGAAUGGGAUGCCCUCUAGUGGAGGAGGCCUGCGUUCUUAUCGGAGCUUGUCAGAAGCUGCAGCCUACCAGAUGUGUACACCUUUGUGCAGUAGUUUAAGUGACAGGGUUUGACAGGUGCCAGAAGGAAUCUAAAACUAAGUAAAUAGAUAUAUACUCCAUGUAUGGCCACGUGAAGGAAUGCUAAAUCCUAGGACCAAGUAAAUAGUAGGUUUUACAGGUUUCAUUUCAGGCUCUUUCUCAAAAGCCAGCUUGCCCUGUUGAAUUUAAUAGCUUUGAUUAUAUUUUCACCCCUUGUUUUCAGAACAUGUCAGCUGAAUAAAGUUGAGGUUUAUGUAGAAAAUGUUAAA